AUGCAUAUACAAUCUUUCACCGUGCCUCUGCUGGCGGCGUGUCUGCCCAUCGCCUCCGCUCAGCUCGACUACUAUGCGAAGAAGGCCGGUCUGUUGUACUUUGGUGCUGCGACCGACACCCCCGGACAACGUGAGCGUGCCGGUCUAGAGGCGGCCUACGAGCAGUACGAUGCCAUUCUCGACGACACAAACGAGUUCGGUCAGACGACGCCGACCAACGGUCAGAAGUGGCUGUUCACCGAGCCUGAGCCCGGCGUUUUCAACUUCACUGAGGGCGACAUCGUCACCUCCAUCGCCGAGGAGAACGGCCAGCUCCUCCGCUGCCACGCGCUCGUCUGGCACAGCCAGCUCGCCCCCUGGGUCGAGACGACGGAGUGGACGCCCGAGGAGCUGACCAAGGUGAUUAUCCGCCACAUUCACGAGGUGGCUGGACACUACAAGGGCAAGUGCUAUGCCUGGGAUGUUGUCAAUGAGGCCCUCAACGAAGACGGUACCUACCGCGAGUCCGUUUUCUACAACGUGCUCGGCGAAGAGUACCUCAAGCUGGCCUUCCGCACGGCAGCCGAGGUCGACCCCACGGCGAAGCUGUACUACAACGACUACAACCUCGAGUCCGUCGGUCCCAAGAGCGAGGGCGCCAAGCGUAUCGUUAAGCUGCUCCAGGACGACGGUAUCAAGGUCGACGGUGUCGGCAUGCAGGCCCAUCUCGUCGCACAUCGCGCGCCUACUUUGGACCAGCAAAUCGCUGUCAUCCGCUCGUAUGCCGAGCUUGGCGUUGAGGUGGCCCUGACGGAGCUGGACGUUCGCAUCGAGCUCCCAGUCAACGAGACGAACCUCGAGUGGCAGAGGGAAGCUUACAAGAACUCUGUCGGCGCCUGCGUCCAGGUCUCUGCCUGCGUUGGUGUCACCAUCUGGGACUUCUACGACCCCUUCAGCUGGGUCCCCUAUGUCUUUGACGGCGAGGGUGCCGCCCUUCUCUGGUUCGACGACUUCAGCAAACACCCAGCCUACGAGGGCGUUCUUGAGGUGCUGAAGAACAAGACUGCCGCGCCGUGCAGGAGAAGACGGUCUCUGAACUCUGGUAAAAGCAAGAGGCUCUUCUGA